AUGGUGGAUAAAUAAAUGAUGGAGUAAAUAAAAUUUGAUUAUUUUUAAGAUUGGUUAUGAUUCUUUUAGAAUGCAUUUAGGAAAAUUAGGUAAUCAAACCAUCAAAAAUGAUUAUACUAUAUUAAAGUAUAUCUCAGAAGCAAUUAAUGAAUCAACCUUAACCAAAGCCAAAAAAAAAUGUUUAUUAGAAGGCUUAUCAUCUUAAUUUUAUUCUUAUAUUCCUCAUAAUAAUAAUAAUGGAUUCUCAAAAUUAAAAUCUUUAGACUCUAAUUAAAAUAUUAAGGAAAAAUUAGAAAUUAAAGUCAAAUAUCUAAAUAAUUAAUGAUGGUUAUUAAGUUAUUUAAAAGUAUUUAGAGAAUACUCAUGAAAGUACUCAUUAUGAUACUAAUAAUUUAGAGUAAGGUUUCUAAAGUACAAAAGGAAUACGCAAAAUGACUCCAACUGAAAAUAUACAAUUUCAGAUAUGA